AUGAAAAGGAAAUAUUUUCUUUCUUCAUGGCCGCCAGGCGUGUUGCUGUUAUGUGCGCAUUUUCUCUGUGGCGCGUAUGGGCAGGUCCGUUACUCCGUGCCAGAGGAGAUGGCACCCGGCUCAUUCGUCGGAGACAUCGUGAAAGACCUGGGUCUUGAGCUUAAAAGGCUAACAACGGGGAAAGCGCGGAUCUUUACAGUCGGUGGCCGGGAAUAUGUGGAGCUUGACCGGCAGAAAGGGCACAUCAUUGUCAAGGAGAGAAUAGACCGGGAGCUUUUGUGCGCUGGUGCUGUGUCCGCAUGCAGCCUGAGCUUUGAAGUCAUCUUAGAAAAUCCCAUUGAGCUCUAUCGCAUCACAGUAGAAAUAUUGGAUGUAAAUGACAACAGUCCUGCUUUUCCAAGAGGUGAAAUUACAUUAGAAAUAAGCGAGUCCGCUUCUAACGGAGCGCGUUUUACUGUGGAUAGCGCAGUUGAUCCUGAUGUGGGCAUUAAUAGUAUUCAGAGUUAUUCCGUUCAUCCAUCCGACCAUUUUACUCUAAAGACAAACAGUCGAUCUGGUAGUGGUAAAAACGUCGAGCUUGUUCUGCAAACGCAUUUAGACAGAGAGAAAAAAGAACAUUUGUAUUUGACUAUAACUGCCUCAGAUGGAGGCGAUCCGAAACGCUCUGGCACUGUAAAAAUCCACAUUAUUGUUUUAGAUAUCAAUGACAAUGCUCCAGUGUUCCUGAAGGACACAUACAGAAUAUCUGUCCCCGAAAACACUGCGAAAGGAUCGUUGUUGAUCACUGUUAAUGCAACCGAUGCUGAUACGGUCUCAAAUGGACAAAUUGGAUAUUAUUUCGAGCACACCACGCCCAAAAUCCGAGACCUGUUUUCUGUCGAUCCGUCGAGUGGUGAAAUACGGUUGAUUGGUGAGCUUGAUUUUGAGGAGUCUGCUAUCCAUGAGUUUAAAAUUCAAGCUAAAGAUCAGGGGGGGUUAUCCGACUCGUCUGAGGUGAUUGUGGAGGUAACAGACGUCAAUGAUAACGCACCAAAAAUAACGCUUAUGUCUUUUUCAAACACUAUACCUGAAAAUUCCCCGCCUGGCACCGUUGUGGCCAUGAUAAACAUACAAGACAGUGAUGCUGAAGAAAACGGAAAGGUUACCUGUUCAAUUGAAAGAAGUCUUCCGUUCAAAACAGAAUCAUCUUUGACGAAUUAUUACAGUAUAGUCACGGACACCGAGCUAGAUAGAGAGGAAACAGCAGAAUAUAAUAUUACUAUCACUGCCAAAGAUGGUGGCCGCCCGCCUUUGUUUAGUAAAAAGACAUUGAGCGUAAAACUCACAGAUGUGAACGAUCAUGCACCUCAGUUUGAGCAGGACGCAUAUAAUGCGUAUGUGAUGGAGAAUAAUUCUCCAUCUCUGUCUUUGUUCAGCGUAAAAGCGCAUGACGCAGAUUUGGGAGCGAACGCACGCGUGUCCUACUUCAUUUCUGAUAAUGAUUUGAACGGCACACCGAUUUCGUCCUUAGUUUCGAUCAAUUCGGAAAGUGGGGCGGUUCAUGCAGCGAAAUCAUUUGAUUAUGAGCAAUUAAAGUCCUUUACAAUUACAGUCAAAGCGCAAGACGGAGGUUCCCCUCCUCUCAGCAGCAACGUGAGUGUGAAAAUAAUUAUUCAGGACCAGAAUGACAACGCGCCUCAGGUUCUGUAUCCGGUCCAGUCUGGUGCUUCUGUGGUGGCUGAAAUAGUGCCUCGUUCGGCAGAUGUGGGUUAUCUGGUCACUAAAGUGGUGGCUGUUGAUGUGGACUCUGGACAGAAUGCCUGGCUCUCAUAUAAACUGCAGAAAGCCACUGACAGGGCGCUGUUUGAAGUGGGCUUACAGAAUGGAGAAAUAAGAACUGUACGUCAAGUGACAGAUAAAGAUGCUGUGAAACAAAGGCUCACUGUUGUAGUGGAGGACAACGGGCAGCCCUCUCGUUCAGCUACAGUCAAUGUGAACGUGGCGGUGGCGGACAGCUUCCCUGAAGUGCUCUCGGAGUUCACUGACUUUACGCACGACAAGGAAUACAACGACAACCUGACUUUUUAUCUGGUCUUGGCAUUGGCUGUAGUUUCCUUUCUCUUUAUCGUGUCUAUCAUAGCCAUACUGUCAGUCAAAUGCUACAGAUGGAGACGUGAGAGGAUGUAUUACAAAUCUGGAGCGAAUCUGCCAGUUAUUCCGUAUUAUCCGCCUCUUUACGCAGACGUAGGGGGCACAGGAACUUUACAGCACGUGUACAAUUACGAGUUGUGUGGCACUGCUGACUCCAGAAAGAGUGAUCUGAAAUGUUUGCGGCCUUCUAGUCAAAGCGUUUUAAACGUUGAAUUGAGUGGCACGAGGACUGUGCCUAGACAAACCCGAGAAACGGAGGAGCCGGAUGUUUGUACAGAGGUGAGGUGA